AUGAUCCUCAGGGCUGCCUGUGAAAAGCUGAAGAGAGUUAAAGGGCUGAUUGGUGGUCCCCCCGGCAGCAGCUCCGACCACAUCGUAAAAUUCUCCACCAUAAAGGACAACUGGCCCCUCUUGUGUGACCCCGCUAAAAUAGAGAAACAUGGCCCACAAAAAGUCACCCACGCUUCACGCCGUAAACGCCUCAGCACAGACGACUGUGUAACAACACCCCAGCCCACUGUGCACGCCACACUCACUCACCCUGCGCUGUCACGGAUCUACAGGGCCCAGCCCUUCAUUAACCGCGUUAUAAAGACGCUACUAGGCGUGAUAAAAAGCCCUGCUGCACAUCUACACUCUGGGACGUGGGAAGAUUUUCCCGUCGCCCUGGUCGUCGCGGUAGACCCAGGUUCUCCGAGCUCUGCGUGUAGUUUUUUUGCCUCGGCGGUGGACCAGCAGAAGGAGUACGAGGAUCUCCCGGCUCUCCUGCUGCUCCUUCAUGAACUGUCUGUGCCAAGACUCCACACUGCUUGCGCUGCGAGUGUGUGUGAGCCAACGCUGUCCGGGUCAGACUCCGCAAACACCCGGGCUGCGGAUGCGGAAGAUUCCGGACUGAUUCACCAGACCUCAGACAGCGUGUUUCAGCUGGUGAAUGUGUCCCUGGACUUUCCCCACGCACUGCGGUACUGCCAGAACCAGUUCGGCACCCUCACCAGUCUGGGAGUCCGGGAGGAUGAGAACGGGUCCAUGCAGCUGUUAACAGAGUCGGGUCUGCAGGGACCCGUCUGGGUCAGGGACCCCAACAGACAGGCCAACACCCCUCUUCUAGCUCAUGCCAAACAAUAUAUGGUUCUCCCAGGUCUGUCGUUUCCUGCAGACUCUAACGAUGGCUACGUUCACGUGGAAGUCAGUUUUCCUCCACUUCCCGCCGUGAGCAUAUGUGUGCGAGUUCAGUGGGACCGUCAACAUGACCAGGUAUCCACCGUCUUCUCUUACGCUGCUCCUGUCUUCACAAACGAAUUCCAGUUACGAGGGCAAGUGGACAACGUGAAGAAACAAGUACUUUUGGCCCUCAUAGUUCACGGCAAACACCAUCCUUAUAAGGCCUGGUUUCCUAACGAUGGAGACUGGCAUCAGGUGUGCGUCACAUGGCGCAAAGCAGACGGCUUCUGGGCCAUAUAUGUGGACGGAAAAAAACGGGACUCUGGUUCUGGAGCGGACACGUCCCGAGAUAUCUACGAAAAUGGAAUACUUAUCCUCGGACAAGAUCAAGAUUCAUUUGGGGGAAAUUUCACCGAGCCCUUUGUUGGGAAUAUUACAGAUUUGAACGUGUGGGCCGAAGUUCUGGACGACGGAGACUUUCGGGACCUUAACGAAUGUUUGCAGUCGAUCAAAGAGCAAGCGAUUUUCAGCUUCGACAGACGUAACCUCACCCUCCACCCUGCUGUUAGAGAGGUGCCUGCCAAGCUGUUCUGUCCAGGUCUCUUGAGGCAGGUGGAGAAUCAGGGCUGUAGGGUUCUGGAGGGCUGGACUACUCACGGCACACCUCAGUAUAGCCCCGCCCCCUGCUCACAACGUCUACCUUUCAUCUGCAAAAUCAAUAAAGACUGUUACCUGAAGAUGAAGGAGCUACUGGAGUCUCAGAGUUCUCGUCCCAGCCCUUUCAUGCAGAAUCUAAUGCAGUAUGGCCUGACGAUGGAGGACGUGUUGCCCGGCCCCGCGGAGGAGCCGAGCUGGGGGCAGGUGUCCCUCAUGCUGAACGCGUCCCAUCGGGCCCUGGGCGCCGUGGGGCAGGAGAGACUGGAGGUCCCUGACGUGAUCUCUCUGGUCCGGAUCCUCUCCCGCGCCGCCGACGUGCCCGGCCGGGCCAACCAGAGCCGACCCGCCGCCCAGCGCCUGUGCCGGGUCUUCCUCGGGGUGGCGGACAGGGUCAUCCGUCACGACAGCGCCGACGCCUGGGGCGCCAUCAGACCGGUUGUAAAGGGACCAAUGGCUGUGGUCCAGACCAUAGAUAGGAUGGUGUCAAACCUGAAGUCUGUUUUACUGACUGAUACUGAACAAACACAGAUCCACAGCGAUAAUAUCAGGUUACAGGUCCUGCAGACAACUCUGUCGGAGAGUUCUGCCAUCUCUGCGUUCUGCGGGUCAGAACCGGACAACGGCACCGAGCUGGACUGCAUUUCUGUUCCUUCUCAGAACAUGCAAGAGCUUCACAACAACGGUUUCCAGAAAGUGACGGUUCUGAACACGUGGUACGGUUCAUUGCGACCUCUCCUCAAAGCAGAGGAGAACAUCACCAUCCCACCCACCGUCAGCGACGGCACACAGAGAUACAAGGGCACUGUCUUGGCCUCGUCGGUCAUCUCUACCACCGUGCUGGGGGACGACCAGCCAAUCAGCAUGUCCGUAAACUUCCGCCUCAAACACAGAGCUCAGAUACCUACAGGGACCACAUAUAAUCCAGUCUGUGCGUUUUGGGAUUUUGACCUCGUACCAGAGGAAGGAGGAAGCUGGUCCACCCAGGGCUGUGAGGUCAUUUCCUCUCACAAGGAUUCCACCUCAUGCUACUGUAACCACACAACUAACUUUGCCCUGCUGCUUCAGAUCUACGAGGUUCAGAGGAGUGAGGAGAAUGAGAGAGGUCUACAGAUCCUCAGCUUCAUCAGCUGCGGGGUGUCUCUGUGCGGACUCGCCUUCACUUUCAUCCUCUUCAUCGCCGUCGGAGUGCCUAAAUCAGACCGGACCACGGUCCAUAAGAACCUCAUAGCGGCUCUGGCCACGGCCCAGCUCCUGCUAAUGUUCAGUGAUUGGGCUGUUGGGAACCAGGAGGCGUGCUUGGUGGUGACGGCCCUGCUCCACCUGUUUUUCCUGGCGUCGUUCUGUUGGAUGCUGGUGGAGGGGCUUCUGCUCUGGAGUAAAGUUGUGUCCGUCAACAUCAGCGAGGAGAGACGGAUGAGGCUUUACUACGCCCUGGGAUGGGGUCUCCCGGUCAUGAUUGUCAGCGUAACCAUGGCGAUUUCUCUGGAUAAGUACAAAGCUGACAGCCGGUGCUGGCUCAACAUUGAGUCUAAUGUUAUCUGGGCCUUUGUGGGACCUGUGUUGUUUGUGCUUGCGGUCAAUGCGGUGGUGUUAUGUCGCGUAGUCAUGGUAACGGUCUCCAGUGCACGUCGUCGAGCAAAAAUGCUCACACCCAGUUCUGCCUCCAAACUUCACGCCCUGGAUCUGACCUGGGCAGCCACGCGUCCUGUGCUGAUCUUGCUGCCGGUGUUGGGUCUGACGUGGCUGUGUGGAGUUUUGGUUCAUCUCUCUGUCGUCCUGGCCUACCUGUUCAUCUCACUGAAUGCCUUCCAGGGCUUGUACAUAUUCCUGGUUUACGCCGUUUACAACAGUGAGGUGAGGAACGCCAUUAAGAGAAUUCAGGAGAAGAGGAAAGCUCUGUCCUUCACAAACUGUUCCCAGCCCAUCAGUUUCCUGCCAUCCCAGAGGACCCCCGCCGUGCCCUGGGCCCACAGUCUCCCCCCCCCCUCCAGUCUGGAGACCAGUGAGAGCUCUGGCCCUGCUCCCAGCACCACAUCCAGCUCCCUGGUCUUUAAGAACGAGAGUUUCCGAAAGGAUAGCUUUGCUAACUUUUCAUUGAAGCCGGCCUCUGGAAACCAAGUGGUCCAACUUACGGCCUUCAAACCUUCAGAGGGCAGCACUGUCAGUCACUAA